UGCUGCCUGCGCGGGGUGCGGCGACGGCGACGGCGCCCGCGGGCCGCGCGCGAGAGUCCGGCCGGCGGCGGCGGCGGCGGCGAGGCGACUCCGGGGCGAGGCAUGGCCGAUUACUGGAAGUCUCAACCCAAGAAAUUCUGUGAUUACUGCAAGUGCUGGAUAGCAGACAACAAGCCUAGCAUAGACUUCCAUGAAAGAGGAAAGAACCAUAAGGAAAAUGUGGCUAAGAAAAUUAGUGAGAUCAAAAAGAAAAGUUUGGACAAGGCAAAAGAAGAAGAAAAAAUGUCAAAGGAAUUUGCAGCCAUGGAGGAAGCUGCAAUGAAGGCUUAUCAGGAAGACCUGAAAAGGCUUGGGAUUCAGACAGAAUCUGUAACUCAGAGUUCAACACAGAAAAAGCCAGAAGAAAAGAAGGAAAGGAAAAAGAAAGUAAGAGAAUCCAGAGAAACUUCUUCAAAGGAAACAAAAGAAUGGGUGCAAGGGUUUUCUCCAGAAGGCUACGUAUACUAUUACAACACUAUAUCAGGAGAAUCUCAGUGGGAGAAACCAAAAGGGUUUCGGGACAGCUCUCAAGAAUCACGAAUGACAGGAAAAUGGGUAGAAGGAUCAAGUGAAGAUGGUCACACCUAUUACUACAAUACAGGUACUGGGGAAUCAACCUGGGAGAAGCCAGAUGGUUUUCAGUCUACUUUAAAUGAGAGAGGUCAAAAUGAAAAGUGUUCUAAAGAGACCUCAGAAAUAGAUUCAAAAGGAGUGGAAUCAGAUGGAAAUGGGGGCAGCAGAAAUGAACUGCAAAACGUGAAACAAAGCACUGGGAGAAAAGCGGAAAGCGACGAAGAAGUAGAAGACAGACCCAAAAAGAUCAGCCCCUAUGGAGAAUGGCAAGAAGUGAAACAGGAAGGUGCUGAUGGAAAGGAAGCAGCACCUCUUCCUCAGGAAACAUCCCAGGCCGCUCCUCAAAGAGCCAAACCUUACGGUGAAUGGACAGAAGUCACGGAGGAGGAAGACUCUUAUGAAAAGGUCGACCUGGAGCUCCCCAACCUGCAGAGUGACUCCUCGCCAACCCCAGCCCCAGAACUGCCGGAGGAUGCAAGAGUGGUGUUUAAGGAAAAAACUGUUACUUCCCUCGGCGAUACAACAGAGGGGAUGCCCAUCUUCAAAAAGCGAAAAUUUGAAAAUGGAAAAUCUAGAAACAUACGACAGAGACUGGACGAUCACUGAUCGUUUAUCUACAUGGCCUUGGUGGUUUUUUGAUGGAAGAAGAACCAGAGUGAAGAAAAAUAAAUACUUUAAACAGUAUCUUUCCGAGAAAUGCUUAGAAACAAAGCUUCUAGUUUUUCAGAAGUGUUGUCUGUUAAUUCAAUCAAGUAUCUUAUUCUGGAGGUGAUGCUCCUUUUUGUUGCUAGAAACUUUUCCAUUCAUGCAGUGAUGUAAAUAUAUUAUUUUUACAUAUCA